CCCAUUCGGGCCAAACUUGUGGCCCUGCCUUCAGGGCUCUUGGUCCUGCACUGAGCUGCUCCGUUUCAGGACAGCGUCCCUGUGUUCAUUUCAUGGCCAGGUGCUCAGAUAAACGAAGUGAGCUGUGUGCCUUAGGAGGGAGGCAAGCAGCAAAGGGGCAACCUGACUUCAGGUAACCUCAAAAAACUACUGAUUGCCUGCAGUCAAGUGUACUGGGUGCCCAGGGGACAGCUUCCCUCUAACUGGCUGGGCAGGCUGCUGAAGGAAGAGCUGGCCUCUCGCUGAGGCAGUCAUGCAGACCUGAGAUGACAAGCACAAGGCUGGCAGGCUGGUCCCUGGGUAGAUGGAUCACCUGAUUUACACACUGGAGCCCAAACCCGGGGAUUGGCUCAGAACAGGGGCUGUGUUGAUCCAGCGGCUGGGCUUUGGCACCCUGUCAAUCUGCUGUCUGCUCAGAAGCCUAGAAAUAGUGCCGGGGCAGUCGGCUGGGCUGUGAGAAAGGAGGCAGCCAUGCAGGUGCUCACGAAGCGCUACCCCAGGAACUGCCUGCUGACUGUCAUGGACCGGUACUCGGCUGUGGUGCGGAACAUGGAGCAGGUGGUGAUGAUCCCCAGCCUUCUGCGGGAUGUGCAGCUGAGCCGGCCUGGGGGCUCGGCCCAGGAGGGAGCCCCUGAUCUCUACACCUACUUCACCAUGCUCAAGGCCAUCUGUGUGGAAGUGGACCACGGGCUGCUGCCAAGUGAGGAGUGGCAGGCUAAGGUGGCCGGCAGCGAAGCCAGUGAGGGCGAGAAUGGAGCUGCUGAAACAGAAGAGGCUGAGGAAGACAGGAUCUCGGAGGAGCUGGACCUGGAAGCCCAGUUCCAUCUGCACUUCUCCAGCCUCCAUCACAUCCUUACCCACCUUACCCGGAAAGCCCAGGAGGUGACGAGGAAAUACCAGGAAAUGACAGGACAGGUCCUGUAGGUCUCCGGCUCUGAGGAAGGUCACCUUACAGGAGAGAGGGGAGACUGACGAGGACUCAGCGGUGCAGCAGCCUUGAGACCAGAAAGGAAGGCCUGGAGCAGCUCAAGUGAGGGCGACUGUGUCUCCGGGCUUCUCCACCUCCCUCUGAGUGCCUCCAUGGACUCGGCUGCAGGCUUACCUUUAAGAUGUUUGUUGCGACUCCCAACUUCUCUUUGUUGUCUUAGCAGUCUGAGGUUCACAGGGCAGCAAGGAUCCGUAGAAAGCAAAGGUACCAGCAAGUGGCCGACGUUAACAGCCCACCUCUUGGAUGUCAGUUAGUGCCUGGGGUCACAAGUUAUUCCCUGGAGGCAAAAUUCUGCCAUGUAUAAAACAGGGCUGCUGUUUUAUACCUCACAAGGUUACUGAACGGAAACACAGGAUCGGAAGUACUCGCAUGCGCUGACGACUGAACAGCUGGGGUUUCUCGUAUUUUUCUUGGGGUACAUGCUAUGUGUAGCUCUUGUUCCUCACCCCCGGGAAAACGCUGAGGUAGCUGACUGUGUGGAUGAGCUAUUCACCCUGUUGGAUCUGAUGACCACCGAUGAGGCUGAGCACAGGUGAACUGUGAACCUAAUUAUUGCAGUAGCAAUUAAAAGAAAAAAACAAACAAAAAAAAAAAAAACA